AUGGCCCAAGUGUGCAGACGUUUUCAAAAGCUCGCGGACCACCCGGGGCAUUGGAAGCCUCUAUACAGAGAAGUAUUCGAGUACGACCUUCCGUUGCUUCACCUUGCUCCUUGUGUAUUUAAAUUUCUAGAAUUGGAAAACUGUGAUCGAGAUAAUCCCUGGAAGGACAGUUUCCAGCAGUUAUACCAUGGUUUGCACGUACGCCCAGGCUACGAAGAAAAUGCAUUUCCUGAUCGUAAAAUUAUGUACUUCGACACUGUUCACGACGCACUGAGUUUUUCAAAUUACUACAUGGAUAAAUCGGAUAUACACGGCCAUGAUGUGCUUAUUUUCGUGCAUGGCGGUACCCACCGAGGGGAAAUACUUAUUGAUAGCAAUGUGGCCCUCCUCGGAGCGUCUGCGGGACCCUUGAGUUCUAAAACCCCGAAGUCUGUUCAAGGAUCUGUAAUUCUAGUAGGCGAAAAUGAAAGUACAGUGAAAUUUGCCAUGGGAGCAGAAGCGGCCUAUAUUGGAUUUCUAACCUUGUUCUUCCAGUCACAACCCAUUCAAAAUGCUGAUAUCAGCCCUUGCUGCCUAGAAAUAACUGAAAAGUGUAGUCCAACUGUACACGAGUGCAUUAUCCGUCAUCAUUACGGCUACGGGUCAGCUGUCCGUGUGAGCGGAUAUAAUGCAGAGCCGGUAAUGACAGAUUGUUACAUUUGUAAAAGUCUAAGCGGUGGUCUAAUUGUUGAAAAUGGCGCCCAAGGAACAUACGAUCAUAACCUAAUUACUCAGAGUGAGAAAAUCGGAAUUUUGGUUACAUCUAAGGCAAAUCCAGUAUUUUGUAACAAUAGAGUAAGUAAUGGGAAGGAUGUUGGCAUAACCUUGUCUGGUGGAGCAUGUGGCAUAUUUGAUGGAAACGAGGUAGUUGAUAAUAAUGCUGCUGCAUUUGAAGUUACGGAAGAAGCGAACCCGUCGGUUACAAAGAAUGAAUUGCGCUCUAGUGAGGGGAUGGCGGCCGUCCACAUUCACAACGGGGGUAUGGGGACAUUUUCGUUUAACAUGGUGAGUGCCAGUAACGCCCCCGGUAUAAUUUGCUCAAAUGGAAGAAAUCCGACGAUAAAGGGGAAUUUCAUUUCCGACUGUGUAGUUGGGGUACACAUUACUGGUCUCAGAGGAGGUUGGAUAGAAGACAACAAUAUACAUAAGAGUAGUUUUGCGGGAAUUCUUAUCGAAAAUAGCAAUCCAGAUAUUCGAGAGAAUCAGAUACAUGAAGGCGACGUUGGUGGGAUUGAAAUCAGACACGAAGGUCGAGGACAUAUUGUGCUCAACAACAUUUAUACAAAUGGAAUACACGGAGUAAGAAUUGAAUCUAAUAGCGCCCCAGUUUUGAAACGUAAUAACAUUUAUAGCGGAUAUAUUGGUGUGCAUUUUCGUAACGGCGCUUACGGCGUGCUAAAGAGAAAUGCAAUUGCUAAUAAUAACUGUUACAAUGUCAAAAUAGAAACUGGUAGUAGUCCACUCGUUCGAAAAAAUAAAAUCAAGAAUGGUAGCCGUGGAGGAGUCUCCAUUUCAAACGGUGGUUUAGGAGUUUUGGUAGAAAACGUAAUAUAUGAAAAUUCUGUCGCUGGUGUCUGGAUAAAAAAUUUUUCGAACCCCACUCUUAAAGCUAACAGGAUAUUAGACACCAGAGGAUGUGGUGUGCACAUAGUUAAUUACGCAAAAGGAAUGAUUGAAAGAAAUCACAUUCAUCGUAGUAAAGAAAGUGGAGUUCUAAUAUCUUCGCAAAGUAACCCUACAUUGAGACAAAAUGAAAUUUGGUAUGGUCUACGAGCUGGAAUAGAUAUAACUAGCGAUGCUUCAGCAACUAUUGAAAAUAAUACGAUAUUGUAUAACAGAUUCAGUGGAAUAAACCUUGCUACGGGUGUCCAGGCAGUAAUAAGAGGAAAUAUCAUUCAGGACAAUGAAGAUCUUGUGGAGAAGGCAGGACAGGCCUGUGCAUUUGUGCCAUUCCAUAAUACCUUUACAGUUCCUUUGAUUAUGAUGAAACCUGUAGCAACAGUCAUUCUGAAUGCGAAUGAAAAUCUUGUGAAGGACAUGCCAGUUGACAGGUGUAAUAUGCUGCUUUUUCAAGCUGUGAAAUAGUCUUCAAGGUGCGAUUUUUUUGGCCUUCAGAAAUUUUGAAUGUAACUACCAGAAAGGUCUUCGAACGGUAGGAGAAGAUUACAUCACUGCCAUUCUAAUCAGAAAUGAAAAUCUUAAAUUUAUUAUGGCUAGAACUAAUUUUAAAUGUGUUGGCUAGAAAUUUAUAUGAUAGGUGGAGUCUAUGUGAAUCGUGUUGGUUGAAGUCACUAGUGUGCUCAAACUACUCAAGAAGUCACUUAAGAGUACAUUUGGAUGUUAUUGCCAAACUAUUUUUGUUGUUUUAUUGGAGUUAUGUUAAAUGUUGGAGUUGUGUUAAAUGUUUUAGAGUUAAUUUUAAUGAUUUCUAGUUGAUUUGUUGUACUGUAUUUCUUUUUGCUUUGUGAUUGAAGGACGAGUGAUGACAAUUCUCUUGACAAUAAGUAAACUGUAAUUUAAAACAUAGUCUGGAAUUAAUAAGAAAUAAUUAAAUUUAUUAAUAUACCUCGAGAAUCUGAAAAUAGUCUGCCAAAGUUAAAAAUUUUUAAACUUACGGAAUCAGUGUAAUUGUAAAGUUACGCAUUCUGUGAAACUAGAUGUAUUCUGGAUGUACACGGAUGCCCCAUACUACAUAAAUGUGACAUUUAUAAGUACUUAAAAAAUGUUUUAGAUAGGGAUUGUUUUGCUUAUCCUCAUACAUUAUCUGCGAAUAAUACUUAAACGAGAAAGAUAGUUUAAGAAUCAGGUUGUAAUUUAUAAUGAUAACUGUUAAAGCUUGUUAAUUUGUUUCGAGUAUUGUUCAAUUGAAAUGCGCCUGCAAUUUUGGAGGAUAUUUUCUAAUCUUUU